AUGACCUGCGCGUCCCGCAUCUUCAUAACGAAUUUCGCGUUUCCUUUCUCUCAUAGUUUGCUUUUUCGUGGAAUUUUCCGUGCUCACUUCUAUGUUUGAGCUUUUGCUCUUAUCCAGCAGUCCGGUAUAUGCAGCCGUCGAACAAGCACAAGUGGAAUACACGCGUCAGUAGCGCGAGCUGCACUGUUUACUCAAUAGCAACCGCAUACACGGGAUGGCCAUGACGCCUUUAUGCUUUUUAAUUGCGGAGACGGCUCCUAAGCCUCGGCUUCGCGCACUAAAAAGCCUCUUUGUUUGGAUGGAAACCUUACAGCACGAUGCACGCCAAGCUGGACGUGGCUUGCGAUGAAAGUGUUGACCUCGGUCUCGCGUUUGUCAAAAAACGAGGCUUGUAUAAAGGGAUCACGAUACUACUUCAUACCCGUUCACGGGUAGUAAGACCACAGUACCGUCGACAUGUUCUCGUCUUCUAGGUUGGGCUCCGUUUGUCUUCUCCUCGUACUCAGUGGCGCGACGACCACCUGGGCAGACUCUUCCCCCGGAUACGAUGCACCGACGGCAACUGUUGAUGCCGGUGUCAUAGUUGGAAAGUCGACCUCACUUCCACAUGCACUGGGACCGGUGCACCAGUUUCUAGGUGUACCUUUUGCAUCACCACCCGAGAGAUUCUCUCCACCGCGAGCUGCAGAACCUUUCCAAGAAUCGGUCAAUGCUACCGAGUUCAAGCCAGCCUGCAUCCAGCAAUUUCGAUACCCGUUGUCAAGUUCACAGUUCACCCAGGCUGUCUUCAAUAACCCGCCACCGGAAGAAUCAGAAGACUGCUUAUACCUGAAUGUAUAUGCGCCAGCGGGACCAGCUGGUGGCAAUGGCAGAGCUGUAAUGUUCUGGAUCUACGGUGGCUCACUGCAGUUUGGUAACGCUGGUCAAGAACAAUAUGAUGGAAGCAGUUUCGCAGCAUAUGAAGAUGUUAUCGUUGUGACAACAAACUACAGAACGAAUGUUUUUGGCUUCCCUGCUUCACCAGAGCUGCCAUUAGCAGAACGCAAUCUCGGCUUCCUUGACCAACGUUUCGCCCUCAAGUGGGUGCAGCAGAACAUCCACGCCUUCGGCGGCGAUGCAUCCAAAGUCACCAUCUUCGGCGAGAGCGCAGGUGCUUUCUCGAUCGAUGCGCUCUUGACCAGCUUCCCCAAGGAUAGUUCCCCACCAUUCCGGGCCGCCAUUCUACAAAGUGGGCAGUACAGCUAUCGCGCGGCUCCCGCAACAUCGAGCAUUCCCGCUUGGAACAAUCUCACAGCAACGCUCGGGUGCCCAGGAACAUAUGAGAACAACUUGACCUGUGUAAGAGCGGCUAAUGCGACGACUGUGCAGACAAUCAUCAACCAAAACUCGCUGGUUUUCAAUCCGAUUGCUGAUAACAACACUUUGGUAUCAAACCCAGCGGCGCAACGCCUAAGCGGCAAUAUCGCGCACAUACCGGUCCUAGGAGGUACAAACAGCCAAGAAGGCCGCGUCUUCUCAGUCGGCCAAACAAAUAUCACUGCCUACCUGCAGGGGACCUUCGGAGCCGCACCUGCACUCAUUCCAACGAUCGAAGCUGCAUACCCGAUUGGUAGCAACGGUCUGACCAACGGCUACGACGUCAUCUCCCAAAUCGUCACUGAGGUCACAUUUCAGUGUCCACAAGCAUUGUGGGCCAAUGCGACAGCAUCCAUCGGUAUACCCACCUGGCGCUACUACUUCAACGCUUCGUUCACCAACACACAAGCUUAUCCCCAACUCGGUGCCUAUCACGCCUCAGAGAUUCCUCUCGUGUUCCGCACAUAUCCACGUGCUAAUACGACGACGCAAGAGUACGCCUUGGCACAGUUCAUGCAAAGUACAUGGGCCAAGUUCGCGAAGAACCCUUAUGCUGGACCUGGAUGGAAUGCUGUUGGCACGGGGGCUGAGGGUAGUGUUUUGGUUGGUGCUUAUGACUUCGUGGCAGGUGGAGUGUAUCAGGACCAGAAUGCCACGGCUGUGGAGGGAGAUUGGAGCUUGGGUGUUCUCGGCGAUGUUGGAGGUGUGAGGGGAAGUGGUGUUACUGUGCUGCCUCAGUCUGAUCUUGAUUACAGAUGUAGUCUCUUCAGGCCUAUCUUCGAGGCUAAUGUAGGUGCGGAGGGUAUACCUGCCACUUGAGGUGUAUGUCUAUGCCUCUAGAUUAAGUUGGUCUGCAAUGUAGUCUGACAGAACAGCAAUAUAGUAACCUGAACUGUGACUCG